AAUAAGACCAAAUAAGUGUUCAUAUAAGUCACUGAUAAAUAGAUAACAUUUUGAUAGAUACGCUACUGGUAAAGUUAAUUGCUAUUGAUGAAAGAGUAAAAGAGAAAGAUUGUGUAUAGAGAAAUAGUUGGACGAGUAGAGAAGAAGGUAAAGCGUCGGCGCAUUAUGCGUGUUCGAUAAUGCCUCUUCUUCUUCUUCUUCUUCUUCUUCUCUUCCACAACUCGAAAGAGACCUGGUUGGCAUCGACUCUCGACUGUUACCACCUCCAUUGGAUAGAAGAACACCAUUACACCACCACCACCACCACCACCACCAUCUCCCACUAUAGGAAGUUUUAUUCUGACCAACCGUUUCCAUCAUCAGCAAGCAGCAGCAGCAGCACUGCCACCUCUACCAACACCAGAACGGCUCAGCUGUUUCUGUUUACCAAACAAAGGAGCCAGUUCAACGGUGGGCCGCGAACUGCACGUUCCUGUGUAACACACGGUCAGACAUAGAAGACGGUGGUCAACCCCCUUUCUGAUUAUUUUCUUUCUUCUAUUUGUUGGAUUGGCUCCAAAUCGUUAUUGUUAAUCCCCAAAUCAUCAUUUAGUGUGAUACGUUGAUCUGACAUAUGGACAAUUAAUUAAUUAAUCAUUUCACUUUCUAAUAUUAUUAUUCGAGUGAAUUAUAUCACAGUCUUUUUCUUAAGACACUACGCUGCUGAUGCGUUCCUAUCGUGCAAUCAGUGGAGUAGUAGUAGUAGAAGAAGAAGAAGAGGAAGAGGAAGUGGAAGAAGAAAGGGGGAGAACAUUUGUGAGGAACUAAGUGCAAAAAUACAAGAGGAAUAAGACACACAGCAAAUGUUGUAAGAAUGCCGUCGUUAUUGGAAGCCUUAGAGCUGAAAUACGGUAGCUCAACAACGGAAUGUUCGUUGACGGACGACGAAGGAGAAUCUGGUUCACCUAAAGCAGCUCUUUCAGUUAGUAUCUUCAUUCCAAAAAAAUCACCACGUCACACGGUACCAGCUUUGCUGGUCCUACAGGAUUGCGAUAUCGAGUGUGCCGGUAAUGACGAUGAAAAACUACGUAACAAGUGUAAAAACGUUGAGGAAUUGGAUCUGGCACAGAACAAAUUAUCACAAUGGACCGAAGUAUUUGGUAUACUUCAACACAUGCCCAAAAUCAAGUUCGUUAAUUUAAGCUUCAAUUGUUUAGCCGAAGUAUUGGAAAUCAAACAUGGUAAUUACGAUUUAUUGAGGAAUCUCGUGUUGAAUGGUACAAGAGUAUCCUGGUCUACUGUUCAAGGUUUGAUACGUUUAUUACGUAAUCUCGAAGAAUUACAUUUAUCCUUGAACGAAUACAAAACUGUUGAUUUGGAUUAUCGUAAGGGAGAUAACGUUAAUAGAUCGUUAAAAAAAUUACACUUCACUGGUAAUCCCGUUGAAAUUUGGAACGAGAUAUCCAAAUUGGGUUACGUUUUUCCGAAUUUGGAGAGUCUUGUAUUAGCCGAAUGUCCAAUUAGAUCAUUAAGACUCGAAGAUAAUCGUAAUUUAAUUCGCGAUAGUGAUGAUUUGUUAAGACAAAAUGAUGAUCCCAAUAAUUGUACCCAAGAUAAUGAGAAUAUGAAUAACGUUGAUGUAGAGGAACGAAUGUCGGUUGGUGAAACUGGUAAUAAUCAUAUUAUAACUGAAAACAAAGUCAGUUACGAUAGAUCGGAAUCGGAAUCGGAAUCAAGUAAUAAUAAAGUACAAUCGCCUCACGAUCCGUUCAGGAUGCUUAGGUUCUUAAAUAUGAAUGGAACUUUACUUGGAACAUGGGACGAAGUCGAACGACUUUCCAGAUUUCCAGCAUUGAAAUCUUUAAGAAUUCACAGCUGUCCUUUAUUCGAAAGUCCUCGAGAAUACACGGAACACGAAAGACGUCAAUUGUUAAUAGCAAGGCUUCCCAAUGUCGAGACAUUGAAUGGUGGCGGUGUAAUUUCGUCCCAAGAACGCGAGGACGCUGAAAGAGCCUUCAUUCGUUACUACAUGGACAAACCGGAAGCUGACAGACCAGAAAGGUAUUCCGAGCUUGUGGCUAUUCAUGGGAAAUUGGAUCCCUUAGUACACGUUGACCUAACACCUGAGAAGAGGGUCAAGGUGACGUUUACUUAUGGAGAUCUAGUUGAGGUACGAUCGGUAGAUGUAUAUAGAACGGUUUUCGAAUUAAAAACUAAACUGGAAUCUAUGGUGAAAAUUCCUGCUAAUAGGAUGAGACUCUUCUACGUUGAUCAAGUGAUGAAGGGACACCAUGGACCAGAAGAGAUGUUGUAUCCUAACAAACAACUAUAUCGAUACAACAUAAGCAAUGGUGACGAGAUCAUAAUUGAUAGUAAAUUGAAUAGAUGUGCAUCAGCACCGUCAAGUACGUCUUCCAUAAGAUCCUGAGAAAAAUCAAUUCAAGAUGUGGUAACUUCCUAAAAUGCUCGAUCAUUUUCUUCGAUAAAAAUCGAUCUUCGUCAAUCGACAUGAAUCAAUGAACGAAAAAAAUGAUUAACGAAAAUAAUAAACGUUAGUUUAUUUUCUCGGACACUAAUAAUAAUAAUAUUAAUAAUAUUAAUAAUCGAGCUAAUCGAUUGGUCGAGAUCGAAAAUCAAACAUCAACAAACACAUUUUUAUCCCAAUAAAUUCUCGAAUUCUACGAGAAAAUGAGAUAAUCAUUAAUGAUUUUGAAACAAUUAAAAUAUACACACACAUAUAUAUAUAUAUAUAUGUAUUCGAAAAAAAAUAAAAAGAGAUUGUUAAUUGGUAAUGUUAACGAAAUUCGUCAUUUACCAAUACUCUCUUAUCGUUUUUAAUGAAUAAUAGACAAAAUAAUAAGAUGAUGAUGAUGAUGAUGAUUGAAAGAUCAUUUUGAUAGAUGAAAUACGAUUAAAAUGUAGAUUAUAAUUUUAUUAUAUAAUCAAAUUCACUAAACGUUGCGAAAUAAGUACGUACAGCCACAAAACAAUUAAAAUAACAUGACAAAGACAUAUAUAUAUAUAUAUAUACAGAUUAAUCUGUAUGCUUCGCAUCAUUUUUCAUGAUUUAUCGUCUUAUAAUACGGUUGAAUGAACAACCGAUACUGCUAGCCAUAAUUACUCUAACAUUAUAACAUAUAUGAAUUAAAUUUGAAGAUACAAAAAUUCAUUCAAUCGACACGAUUUAUUAAACUUUACCAUUAAAUAAUAUUUUUUAACUAUCAUAACACAUAACAAAACAAAACAAAAUAUUACUUCGAUUCGACGACGAUGAUGAUGAUAAUAAUAAUAAUAAUAAUAAUAAUGUAUGAUUUAAAUUAUUGCAAAGAGAGAACGAGUUAAGAUAAAAAAUAAAAACAAUCUAUUGCCGAUUAUUAUCACGCUGCCUUGAAUUUGUUCAUUAAAAA